AGUGAUUUCUCCACUUCGUGUCCAUCCCCCUCACGCAUCUUGUGGGUCUGCGUAGCACAUCCAGAACGUCGGUAAUAGUCGGUAAGUACGAUUUCUCAAGAUACAGUCACGUAAUGAGGGUAAUUACUGUUUAUACAUGACAUCAGAUCAUGUCUCACGUAUCGAUGUACAUCAUUUAUCGUAUAGAAAUUCAGACGUUGCAUGGGCUCACGGAUGUAACGAAUAAUUAUAUUUGUCAGGUGACUGUAUCUCGAGAAAUCAUGAUCGCUGACGAUUACUGACUUCGUACGCAGACCACAAUCCGCAUGAGGGGUAUGUUCACAGAGUGGGGAGAAUCACUCGGUACACUGAAGCAACGUUUGGGCAUCUUCGAGGUAAAUCGACGCAACACGAUGAUGGUGUACGUGAAAUAAGGGUUGGAGGUGGAUACACGUAUAUCAGUGCAAAGGUGUCCGCGAGCAAUCGUUCAGAAGACGAUCCUUUCGCGGUGGUGUGCCCUUGUCUGCUUGUUUGUCGCGCGUCGACUUGGGUCCCAUAGUGCUUCCUGUUGUGACGUAUACGUGACACCGGUGCGUGAGACUGUGCAAACAGUUGCUGCGAUCUCGAUGACUCUUCGUCGACGAAUGAUCACGCUUGACACGCACCCGUGGAUGCUGUGAACCUCUAACACGAAAUUCGUAAUUCUUCCACUCUCUCCUCUAUCGGGCACGAUUGCAGGAAAGUUAUUUCAGAGAAUCAAGGGGGAGAAAAGUUUCAGCAUGGAGUGCCCCGAAGCGAUGGAACGAGGACGGAACUUUCGUCUGCUAGCCGAGGAGGAGUUGCCUCGACUCUUAGACUUCCUUGCCGGCUAUUUGCCUGAAUCCUUAAAGUUCCAUCAAACACUGUUGACCUACAUGCGGGACAGAGUAUGGGACUUUCAUUUCUACGUGGCUAACAACUGGCCCGAAGAUGCUAUCUGUUUACAUUUUCCAGGCAUGACACUAUCUCCACACGGUUUACUGUUCGAGAGCGUGGGCGUGUUCUGCCCCAACGAUCGACUGGAACUACUCAAGCUGUUAAGGGAGGAGGACGUUCUGAUCGACUGGUCGAAGCCUCUUUACAUUAAUUUCGUUCAUUACGACAUCGCCGAGGAGUUGACGCGUCUGUACGAGGGUACAGGUACCAUCGACACCGUCGUAGGUGACGUCUACGUGUGCAAGGAUUACGAAACCCUGAACAACGUCGGGGAGAGUGAAGAAGAUGCCGAUUCCGACGUUCAGGUUCAACCCCUGAAGGCCGAACACGCGGAGGGUAUCUACGAAUUGUAUCCAGCGAACGACAUGGAGUGCCACGAGGUCUUCCUACGAUUGAUUAGGACCCUCCCAGCCGCUGGAGUGUUUGCGAAGGGUAGUCUGGCUGCUUGGAUGGUUCAGUCUUAUUACGGGGCUAUGUUUUCCAUGCAGACUAAACCAGAGUAUCGGAGAAAGGGUUACGGUACGAAAUUAGCAAGGUAUUUGACGAAACGGGUGGUCGAGAAAGGUUAUCAGCCGUUCGUGGUGAUUCGUCCUGAGAACGAAGCUAGUCAGAGCCUGUACAAGAAGCUGGGCUUCUGGAGGCUCUACCAAAUAGUCCGUAUGACGUUUAUGCCCACCGCGUGGCAGGACGACGAAACCGAAACGAAUCGUAUCAUGAGGGAGAACCUGGAGAACGCUGUCAGGCAGCUAACUAUCGAACAGAAAGUGGUGGACGCGUUGAGAAGCGAAGAAGAUAUUUCUAUCAACGAGGAAAUUAUAGAAAACAAAGACGAGGUGGUGGAAUCUUUGAACGACGAUGAGAAUAUCGAAAUGAUCGUCGAGGAACCCGAAGAUAAAACGGAAAGUCAACAAGAGGAGAUUAUCGGGUCUGUUGAAGAAGGAGAAAGAAUAGACAUUACAGAAUUGUCGGUGGAGGAAGAAACUAGCGGCGAUGUUGUACCAGAAGACGAAGGAGCUUCUGGUAACGAUGACGGUAGUAAUCAAGACGAUGGGGGAACAGAUGCCGGGGACUUGGAUAAUUAAAUUACACGAUUGGAUUAUUCGAGCAGAGGUCCAUGAUUUGUAUCGCGUCGGUCGCUCGAGGGUGCGUUCUUCUCUUCAAGAUCGACCCGGAGAAAGAUUUGCCUCGCACGAGAAUAGGAGAACGAGUUUCACCAGCGUUCCGAAUGUUAUUAUUUCAAAUUCACUUUAUAUCUGUCGAAGAACCAUUCGAGAUGUAUGCUAAAGUAGACGCAGUACCUAUUAUUUUCGGGAGAUUUAUCGUCGAUCGCUGACGAAACUCUAACCGAAUGGUUUGUCACGAAGAAGAACUCUCGAGCGACGCCGUUUAACAGGUGACAGAGAAGAGAUAAAAAAAGUUAUUUUACGAAAUUUAAACGAUAUAUUACGGCACCGCGUUCGUGCGAGGCUUCGAUUCGCGUACGAAGAGGCACGAUUCUACGUACGGGUUCCUCAUAUCAGACUGUUCGAAGAAUGUCGUGAAGGUCUCAGGAAUCAUCUAGACGUAUCCUUUGAAUUGCCAAGGUUAUAUUGUUUCAAAGUCUAUCCGUACCGUGUCUCCUAUCUUCUUGUUAUAUACGUAUGUGUAUAUAUUUUGGGAUAAAAGCUGAUUCAUCCCAAGAAUUUGAAUCCGGAAUCGAAUAUUUCGUCAAAAGAUACUCGAAUGUUUUGUUAAUUGUUUCUCUUAUACUUUAAUGGGAAUUUGUAUAAUAAUUUGUUGUCCAUUGAAUUUUAAAAAGAAAAAUGCAACAGUACAAAGUUCAACGCGUUGAUUCGACUUCUUGUUGCAGAAAGAAAGUUAAAAAUUUUAAACUAUGAAUACCCAUGUCUUGGGUACGUUAAUUUAUUUAGUGACCGAACUCUACGAUAGACUUUGAGUAACAAAACGUUCGUGUCCAAACGAUAAAUUGUUUGUUAUAUGUGUCAUGAUGAAAGAUAAAGAAAAAAGAUAGAAUAUCAGCCACGAAAUGCGCGACCGCUGUUAGAAAACUUUCGCGCUGAAUCAGUCUGUGAUUAUAAUUUCCUUAUGUAAAGUAGCGUUUCGAGCAAAAAUUCAGAAGCCUCGUGCGACCUCGACACGCUUUCCUUAAUACAAGUAGAAGCCAAUUACUGUGCCGGCGCCGUUCGACCCGUAGUAGUCAAUUUUCUGCCACGUUCGAUUAUAACGAUAACAGCUUCGAUUUCAGCAACACGUUUCGAUCAUACAGGGUGUAGGGAAGAAAGUUUUCCUUCCGACCUUUUUUCUUUUCUAUGGCUUUUCAAGCACACUUCUACAGGGUGUUACAAAAUCGACCGACUCAACUUUACAAUAUUCUUGUUAUAAUUUUACAUUACUUACUAUUUAUUUUUAUUAAUAGAAUAUAAUAGAAAAUUAAUGUUAGACUUUGCAACACCUUGUAUAUUUGAUUGUAUCUUCAAUAAGAAAAAUAUAUAUAUAUAUUUAAAUAAUCGAGAAUUUUGUCCAAUCUCGAUAUUUCUUGUACUUCUACGCUUAAAAUUUCGCAAGAAUAAUUGUUCGAUCGAUACGCACCGACGCAGCAAUUGGUGUAGCGUGCGAGCCAAUGAUAAUAAAAUUAUGAAUAGCGACUAUCAUAUAAUUAAUAUUACAAUUAGUUACAAAAUAUACGUUGUAUGAUAUGGAAAUAUACCGCGCAAAAGGAAGCCUGGUCAGCCCGGCUACGCUUACCGAACGAGAACCAUCUCUAGUGUCUAAGUAUGUACGUAGUUAACACUAUUUGUAUCAUUUUUUCUACGUUUCAUAGGACGAGGAUUAAAUCGGGGCCGAUAUUAGAGGCGGGUAACGCGUAACCAGGAGAACACAGAUUUUUGAGAACAAAAAGAAAAAGAGGUCGAAGCUGGGACGUCCGGGCGAUUCCUCGAAGGCCCUCAAAGACCCUCGUUUAUUUUGGAUUUUCGACGUUUCCGGGGGCCAGCUGUGAUAUUUUCCCCAUUCCACUUACGCUAUGGUCGCGGUACCAAGCUUAGAUCUUAGGUAAGAAUUGGUUGUCGUUGAUGGGACACACCCGAAAAUGCUCCUUGAAUUCCAUUGAUGUUUUGCCAUCGAUAUGCAUCGCGUAUCGUACAAAAUUUCUACUUUCGUGUCCGUUACAUUAACUGAUAGUUGGAGGACCAACGGUAUCGGGAAGAAUAACGCGAACAAUUAACGACGAGCUUGUUGCGUAUCAAAUAGUCGAUUUCGAAACGUAGAAAGUCCAAUAUAAAUUGAUGACAUAAAACUAUUGCGAAAUAGCUCUUAUGGCAUAUCAAUUUAAAGCUAAAAGUUUCACGAAAAUAACAUUUGAUAUGCAACAAUAACAUAAGAAAUGCUUUACGUUUUGACCAUCAAAGAAUUUUCAAAUUAAUUGAAAGUACGGCAACAUCAAAAUCGUCCUCUGAGCAUAAAGUAUUUUAAAAUACAAAUUAAUCGCACACGUUACCUCGACCUCGUUUCCAAAUAGCGUGAUAUACACUGAAGUUCGUCAUACAAGUUGUAUUUAAAAAAAAAAAGAGAACAGUUUAAACGAUUAGUUGAUAAGAAUUUGUGAAAAUUGGAAACGAUCGAUCGGUUUAAACGUUCGCGAAAAAUCACCGUAAUUUCCAGAAUCGCUUUUGAAUCGAUAAUUUUUGCUAUUCCGAGUCGUAACUGCGAUUUAACCUGAGCCAUAUUCCCAUUAUUAUUUCGUACACUUCCAUCUAUUAUGCACAAGCUGGAAUGGAAUUCGCGAGUACGAUUAACGACUAAAUGGAACGGUUAUUACGAGAGACACGAGAAUCUCUUAAUCGACCCGGAGAAACGAAAAGUGCAUCGGGUGUCGUAGAAUCGCGGAUGCGAAACAGUCGAAAAACUGAUCAUAGUUCCUACAAUUUCAAUUAUUUCUACCUUCAGAAUUCUUUGUUGUAAUCAAUCGGUGCACUUUUCGAUUCCGUCUCACCAUGUCAAUUACAAGCGUCAUUUUUUGCGUCGCAUCGUCGAUCAUUAACACCAGAACAUCGGUACAAUUUAGACCAAAUUAACGUUUUAUAGCAUGUACAGUAUUUGUGUUACGAAAAUAAUUUUAAUUUCAGGUUUAUAUGUUCAUAAAUGUUUAAAUAUCCCGUAGGUAAUGUGAGUUCCAUAAAUACCGAUCGUUCUAGUGUUAAUGUACACUUAAUGAUCUAUGACGAGUGCGUUGCUCGCACAAAACGAUUUCUCGUAAUGACCGGACGACAUUUCAUUCCGUUGCAUAGGUUUCAAUGGAUUAAUUAUAAAGUCUUAUUUUGCUCUGAAUUUCUCGCAUCUGUUUAACAAACGAUGACUAAAAACCUGUUAAGCAAUUAUAUAUUCUUUGUUACAAAUACAGUAUUUUAAAAUAACAGAAACACGUAUUUGAUAGCUUAUUUUUGUUUUAAUUUAUAUUUACAUUAAUUAAACAAUUUUUGCUGAUCUGAAAAGAGAAAACACAAUCGGGAAACAGUUUUUUUUUCUUUUUAAAUUAAACUUUUGCAACGGAUCGUAAUGAAAAAAGUGUCUGAAUGAAAGAGGUCUCGAACAGAAAGCAACAACGAACUAAUUACUACCAUGAAAUUAAUAUGGAUCCCGCAUCUAGUUUGCUAAUUCUAGCGCAACACAAGUCAAUGUCUCGCGAAAUAGGCCUAAAAUCCGUCUGUUGACACCUAAACAGCACACUUUCUUCUACAAUUAUUGUAAAUAUAUUAUAAUAUACGUAUAUAUAUAUAUAUAUAUCCUUCCUAUUUCCUCGUGCACGUUGCCUUCCGCUACAACAAACUCUUUGUCUGGAGCAACACUUAAACCUCUGUCGUGCGACAUAUGAAAGUUACACAAAACAAAGAAAAUAAUACUAAAUAAAUGGGAAAAGAAAUUAUAUCAGAAAUACAAUAAUGAUCGCAAGUCUAUCCCGUUGUAAAGAGCGAGGGAACAGAGAGUUAACCUAUGAAACGUCGAUGUGCGCAUAAGUGCGUACAACGAUUUGUAUGUUUGAUAAUGGCGAAUAAUUCGCAGCGUGAAACGCGCUAGUUUUGUGACAAUUGGACAUUGGAAGAGAGCUUUGGGUAAUAAAUCGAACAAACAAAUGA